CGAGGAGGCGGGGGCGGGGGCGGUGGCGGCCGCGGCUUCGUGUGGCCGCCACCGGCGUCCACGCCGCGCCCGGUGCCGUCGCAGUACCAGGUGCCGAUGGGGUACCCCGCGCCCAUGGUGCUGCCGCACCAGGCCGCGUACGGGGCGCCGGCGGCCGUGUACCGGGCGCCGGCGCCAGCGGCGCCUCCGGUCUCCUUCUCGCCUGCGCCUGCUGCGGCGCCGGUCACCAUCCGCCCGCCUCCUUCCUCGGUGUCGCCGGCUCCACCUUCGGCUCCGGCUCCGCGACAGCUGCCGCAGGGUGCUCCCACGCGAGCGCCCGAGCCGGCCCCGGCCUCCUCCGCGCCGACUGCCGCGGCGCUGGCGAAGGAGGUCGAGAAGAAACUCUUCGUGUCGGAGACCGCGCUGGCGCCGCCGGCUGCGGCUGCGUCGGCGGCCGUGGCGGCCGCGCUGGGGGCCGCUGCCUGUGACGCGGAGGACGCUACGGACGUGGACCUGGCGCCGGUCUCCAAGAAGGGUCUCGCGCACCCGGCUCGGCCGGACCUCGGCACCGUCGGCAAGAAGGUGAUGAUCCGCGCCAACCACUUCCUGGUCGACGUCGCCGAUAACAACCUCUUCCACUACGAUGUUGCCAUUAAUCCUGAGUCAAAGUCAAGACAAACGAAUCGGGAAGUUCUUAAUGAACUCAUCAAGUUGCAUGGGAAGACAGCUUUGGGUGGCAAAUUGCCUGCCUAUGAUGGAAGGAAGAGUCUGUAUACUGCUGGUUCGCUUCCUUUUGAAUCAGAGGAGUUUGCGGUUACACUGGUUGAUCCAGAAAAGAAGGAGAAAGAAAGGGCGGAGAGAGAAUACAAGAUCACAAUUCGAAUUGCUGGGAGAACAGACUUGUACCACCUUCACCAGUUUCUACGUGGAAGACAGAGGGACAUGCCUCAAGAGACCAUACAAGUACUUGAUGUUGUCCUCAGGGAGUCGCCAUCUUGGAAUUAUGUCACCGUGUCCAGAUCCUUUUUCUCUACUACUUUCGGUCACAGAGGAGACAUUGGCGAGGGGCUUGAGUGCUGGAGGGGUUACUACCAGAGCCUGCGUCCAACACAAAUGGGGCUUUCACUGAAUAUAGAUAUAUCUGCGACAUCCUUUUUUAAGCCUGUGACAGUGAUCAAGUUUGUGGAAGAGUUCCUGAGCAUACGUGAUACCUCUCGUCCUUUGUCAGACAGAGAUCGUGUGAAGAUAAAGAAGGCAUUACGUGGAGUUCGCAUUGAAACAAGUCACCAACAGGACCAGAUCAGAAGAUACAAGAUAACUGGAAUCACUCCCAUCCCUAUGAGCCAGCUGAUAUUUCCUGUUGAUGAGAAGGGAACAAGACAGACUGUUGUGCAGUACUUUUGGGACAAAUAUAACUACAGAUUGAAGUUUGGUUCUUGGCCCUGUCUUCAGGCUGGCAGUGAUUCGCGUCCCGUAUAUUUGCCUAUGGAGGUUUGCAAGAUCGUAGAAGGGCAGAGAUACUCUAAGAAGCUUAAUGACAGACAAGUGACGAACAUACUUAGAGCGACCUGUAAACGUCCCCAGGAGAGAGAGCAGAGCAUCCGUGAUAUGGUUCUGCAUAACAACUAUGCUGAGGAUAAGUUUGCUCAGGAAUUUGGCAUCAAAGUCUGCAGCGACCUUGUGUCUGUUCCAGCCCGUGUGCUGCCUCCACCCUUGUUGAAAUAUCAUGACUCUGGUAGGGAGAAAACUUGUGCCCCAAGUGUUGGACAAUGGAACAUGAUUAACAAGAAAAUGAUCAACGGUGGAACUAUUGAUAACUGGACUUGUUUGAACUUUUCACGCAUGCGUCCUGAGGAGGUACAGAGGUUCUGUAUGGAUCUGACCCAUAUGUGCAAUGCCACAGGAAUGAAUGUCAAUCCAAGGCCAUUUGUUGAAGUCAAGUCAGCUGCUCCUAACCAUAUCGAGAAUGCUUUGAGAGAUGUACACAGGAGGGCCACACAAAUGGCUGCCCAACAGGGAGCACGAAAUCAGCUACAGCUUCUAAUUGUAAUUCUGCCUGACGUUAGUGGUUCCUAUGGAAAAAUUAAAAGAGUCUGUGAGACUGACAUCGGAAUUGUAUCCCAGUGUUGCCUGCCAAAGCAUGCUAGCAGGCCAAACAAGCAAUAUCUGGAAAAUGUUGCACUCAAAAUCAAUGUCAAGGUUGGAGGGCGCAACACAGUUCUUGAGCGAGCCUUUGUACGCAAUGGCAUACCCUUUGUGUCAGAAGUCCCAACAAUAAUCUUUGGCGCUGAUGUCACACACCCCCCACCAGGAGAGGACUCUGCAUCAUCCAUUGCUGCUGUGGUGGCAUCAAUGGACUGGCCAGAAAUCACCAAGUACAGAGGUCUUGUUUCUGCUCAACCACACCGACAAGAGAUAAUAGAAGACCUGUUUACCGUCAGUAAAGAUCCACAGAAGGGGCACAAUGUUAACGGUGGCAUGAUCAGGGAGCUACUGAUUGCUUUCCGCAGGAAGACAAACCGCAGGCCUGAGAGGAUAAUAUUCUACAGGGAUGGUGUAAGUGAAGGUCAAUUCAGCCAUGUACUGCUUCAUGAAAUGGAUGCCAUAAGAAAGGCUUGUGCUUCUUUGGAGGAGGGAUAUUUACCUCCAGUCACCUUCGUAGUUGUCCAGAAAAGGCAUCACACAAGGCUUUUCCCUGAGGUUCACGGAAGGCGUGAUAUGACUGACAAAAGUGGAAACAUUCUCCCUGGAACUGUGGUUGACCAAAAGAUUUGUCAUCCUACUGAGUUCGAUUUCUACUUGUGUAGUCAUGCUGGUAUUCAGGGAACAAGUCGGCCCACCCAUUACCAUGUCCUUUAUGAUGAGAAUCGUUUUACUGCUGAUGCGCUACAGUCACUGACCAACAAUCUUUGCUACACCUAUGCUCGUUGCACCCGUGCUGUGUCAGUGGUCCCGCCUGCCUACUAUGCCCACCUUGCUGCUUUCCGUGCUCGCUACUAUGUGGAAGGAGAAAGCUCGGACGGUGGCUCAACCCCUGGCAGCAGCGGACAAGCAGUAGCUCGUGAGGGUCCUGUGGAGGUACGCCAACUUCCGAAGAUCAAGGACAACGUCAAGGACGUUAUGUUCUACUGCUGAACUCCUCCAAGUUUGGCGUGCAAUCUUUCUUUUUGCUUAAUGAUGGGGUGUUCUCUUUUUUGAUCGGGAUGCCAAGAUGUUGGUGAGCAGUGGUUGAUGGUGGUAGUUCCUAUGGUGGACUUGUCCUGAUUUUGGUCCUGGUUACGUACUGUCAUCUUGGUAUUCCAAGUAGCUAGGUUAUAACUGAGCUUGUUGGUCUUCAAGGCCUGAAACUCUGGAUGGAACCAAUGCAAGUACUCUUAUAAGUUUUUAUGUUCUCGGUU